CACAAACAGUUCAACAAGCCGAAAGAGUUGUCUUUUUGAGGUUUCUUUGGUUGUUUAUAUGCUAACACUAGUUAGCUAGGUUGAGAGUUGUUAGCUCUGAGAACUUUGUGUAUAAAACAUUCAGAUCUGUGAGUGAAGAUGGGAUGUGAUGGAGGAACCAUUCCUAAAAGACACGAACUGGUCAAAGGACCAAAGAAAGUGGAAAAGGUGGACAAAAAUGCAGAGCUCGCUGCCAAGUGGAAAUACUGCAGCCUGAGCCAAGAGAAGCUACGCCGUCCUAUUGUGGCCUGUGAACUUGGGAGACUGUACAAUAAAGAUGCCAUCAUUGAGUAUCUGUUGGAUAAAUCAGCAGAAAGACCAAACACUGAAGUUGUUGCACAUAUACGUGGCAUCAAGGAUGUGAAAGAGUUGAAUCUGACUGAUAACCCAGCAUGGGAAGGGGAGAGGAGGAAUGCUAAGGGUGACUGCUAUGAAGACAUACAUUGCGCCAUGUUUAUCUGCCCUGUAGUGGGGCUGGAAAUGAAUGGCAAACACAAGUUUUGCUACUUGCUUACCUGUGGCUGCGUGUUUUCAGAACGAGCUCUCAGGGAAGUGAAGACAGAGAUCUGUCAUAAGUGUGGAGACCCCUUUCACGAAGAUGAUAUUGUGGUGCUGAAUGGGAGCAAAGAAGAGCAGGAGAAGCUGCAGAAGGCAAUGGAGGAGAGAAGAGCCAAAGCUAAAACAGCAAAGAAGUCAAAGAAAAACAAGGCUGCUGAGACUGUUUUCAAAUCACCAGAAUCAAAAGUGUCUGAGUCUAAAUCAGCAUCAGCAAAUGGAGAGAGCAGCAGCAGUGACUCAGCUCCAGGACCCUCUGGUUCUUCUAAGCUAGUGAAGCCCACUGCUGCAGCAGGAAGUAAGAGGUCCAUUCAGGACAUGGAGGAGAAGUCUGAGGCCUACAAAUCCAUCUUCACAUCUCACAGCUCCGCCAAGCGUACCAAAGACCAGAUGUCCAAUUGGGUUACCCACACACCCUACCACUUUUAAGAGCCAAAAUGAUUAGUGAUAAGUGGGAGAAAAAGUGCCCUCUUUGUUUAAGGAGGCAUUUAAAUUCUUCCUUUGAAGAAAUUUGACCUAAUUUAGUGAUUGUGUUUUGUGGUUAUGAUACAUUAUUCUUCCAAAUACCUACUGCAUUUUUUAGCAUGUUUUUUUUUUUUUUUUUUUGUCAGGCAAAACAUGUUUUGAAACCCUUUUCUGUCUGGUAUAUUUUCACAUUUUUCUGUUAUUAUUGUUUCACUUAUUUUCUUUACAGUAGUCUUGUGAUAUAUUAAACUGUUGUAUUAGAACUAGUGGACAUUCGGGCUCUGUUGUGUAGUGGAGGGCAUUUUGCUGACAUGGUUUGGGUCCACUUGUCCCUUUAGAAGGAAACAUCACUGCAAAUUAGUAUAAAAUUUUUCUGACCCGAUUAAACAUUUCUAUCCUGAUAGGAGAGGUCUUUUCCAGGCAAUAACAAUGCCCCAUCCACAGAGUGCAAUGAACAAUUGGAUGAGUCAUAUGGCAUGUCAGUCUUGCAGUCACUAGAUCUCAACACAUUUGAAUAUUUCCAAUGCAACAGCUUCAGUGUGCCUUGACAUAGAUAAAGGUGAUCAUUCAAAAUAACUUUGUAUUGAUUUAAAAUGCCCCAUCACUCUAAAGUGAAAAAAGUGGACCCACACCAUGGCAACAGAAUGCCCCCACUGCAUAACAGAGCCACCAGUUUUUCCUUUAUCACCCAUCUGUAUAUGUCUUGUGUGACAGCAUCUUUGAUGAACUUUAUAAAGCCUUGCCUGGAGAUACCAGUGUGCUUUGUAUUAUGUAUCAUGGCUUCAACUCUUAGGGGUUCAUAAUUUGUAAAUAAAAGUCUUGGCAAA